GUGUUCACUCAUGAUGACAAAGGCUCGUGUGUACCCUGUACCGUCAGGAGGGUCCGGUGCCUUAUUUAAAUCAGCGCGAGCACCGCGUGUUGUGACGUGGCCGAGCGCGCAGCUGGACAUCAAAGAGGAUAAAAGCGACUGUCCGCGGGGUCGUUAAGCUCUUUUGGCGAAAGGAGAUACAGUGUUUGUGAGUUUCUGUCGUCGGUGACCGGUUCAGGAAUGAUUUCAGCACCGCGGACAGCGACGGACCGAACAAAACUCCCGUACUGUCACGAGUCUUUCCAUAACCUUCAGGAGUUGAGACACAGCGCAUCUCUAGCCAAUAAGGUCUUCAUUCAGAGAGACUACACUGAUGGCACCAUCUGCAAGUUCCAGACCAAGUUCCCAUCCGAGUUAGACAGCAGGAUUGAGAGGACUCUGUUUGAGGACACAGUGAAGACGCUGAAUAAUUACUAUGCAGAGGCAGAGAAGAUCGGAGGCCAGUCCUACCUCGAGGGCUGUCUGGCCUGCCUCACGGUUUACCUCAUAUUCCUGUGCAUCGAGACACGCUAUGAGAAGGUGCUGAAGAAGAUCUCGCGGUACAUUCAGGAGCAGAAUGAGAAGAUCUAUGCUCCGCGAGGUCUCCUCAUCACAGACCCUAUAGAGAGAGGCAUGAGGGUCAUUGAGAUCAGUGUGUAUGAGGAUCGCGGCUCCAGCGGCUCAAGCUCAGGAAGCAGCACAACCAGCAGCAGCGGACGAUGAUUCACACACACACCAGACGCUGUAACAUUCACCCAUCCACACGCACUCACUCGCCCACGUGUGACGCCUUCAUUCUGUCGCCCACUGAACACACACGCAGACUGUUCAGCAUUGCCAAACAGAAACACACCUGACAUGAACUGCCUCCACAAGACACAUCAGCUGUAAGCAGCGCGUCAUUACCUCAGUCAUCUGAAUAGAUGUUACCGCGACCCUCCAGCACAUUCACACACCUGCAGUUGUUGCACAUCCCGAGUCCCUAGCUAUGGAAGCUUGUUUCCACCACAGAAUAAAAAAAUAUAAUAGGUAAUCAUGACUUUUUAUUUUACAAUUCUGACUUUUUUUUUUUUUGCAAUACUGAGGGAAAAAGUCAGAAUUGUGAGAUUGUGAAAUGUAAACUUAAAUUUAAAAAAAAAAUGUAAGAAUAGUUAGAUGUAAACUCAAAAUUCUGAGGGGAAAAAAAGUCAGAAUUGUGUGAUGUAAAUUCAAAAUACAGAGAAAAAUGUUUAGAAUCAUGAGACUCAGAAUUCCAAUAAAAAAAGUCAGAAUUGCGAGAUGUAAACUCAAAAUUCUACGAUUUUUUUUUAGAAUUGCGAGAUUUAAACUCAGAAUUCCAAAAAAUUUAAAAAAAAAGUCAGAAUUGAGAGAUGUAAAAUGAAAAUUCCAGGAAAAAAAUUCUGAAUUGCGAGAUGUAAACUGAAAAUUCCAAGAAUUUUUUUUAGAAUUGCGAGAUGUAAAAAAAGUCAGAAUUGUGAUGUAAACUCAGAAUUUGGAGGGGAAUUUGGAAGGGGAAAAAGUCAGAAUUACAAGUAAAAAAAAAGUCAGAAUUGCGAGAUAUAAAUUCAGAGAAAUUUUUUUAGAAUUGCAAGAUGUAAACUCAAAAUUCAGAGACAAUUUUUCAGAUUUGUGAGAUGAAUUUGGAGGGAAAAAAGUCACUACAAAAAGUCAUUACAAGAAAAAAAAUCUGAAUUUCAAAAUGAACACUCAAAAUUCAGAGAAAUAUUUUUAUAAUUUCGAGAUGUAAACUCAGAAUUCCAAUUAAAAAAAUGUCAGAAUUGCAAGAUUGUAAACUCAGAAUUCCCAAAAAAAAAAGAGUCAGAAUUGCGAGAUAUAAAUUCAGAAUUCAGAGAAUUUUUUUUAGAAUUACAAGAUGUAAACUCAAAAUUCAGAGAAAAAUGUUUAGAAUUGUGAGAUGAAAACUCAGAAUUUGUAGGGGAAAAUGUCAGAGUUACAAGAUGUAAACUCAAAAUUCCAAUGAAAAAAGUUUAAAAUUGUGAGAUAAACUAAGAAUUAAAAAAGGUCAGAAUUGUGAGAUAAAAAGUCACAAUUAACUUUUUUACUUUUUUAUUCCAUGGCAGAUACAAGCUUCCAUACUAGCUGUAGCAUUCUGGGUAAAGCUCACAUAAGCUUCUGUCACUGUAAUAUGCAAUCUCACUCACAAUGCCAUGUGAUGUAGCUGCCGAUCGGCACAUGAGUCUUCCAUUUUCAUGAUUUUUGACUUUUUGUUUGAGUAUUUGGAGAUGAGCACUUUUACUCUAUUUAUUGACCUGAAGUCAGAUUUUUGACUAGGAUCAGCAGUUGUUCAUAAGAGGACAGGGCAGAUAUCUGACCCUAGACACUGCCAUCUUAUUCCACGGGUACUAUUUAUGACUUUAUUUAUGAUAUGCUUUAUUUCAUAGUGUGCUAAUCGUUCAUGCUUUGUACUCAUAAUGCGCCGUCAGAGCAGAAACGAGUCCUGAUGACGUGACUGCCAAGGGCCAGAGCUUCCUCACUGAUCCUUCAUCAUGAGCUUCCAUUUCUACUGAGAAACUUUGGCCCCGACUUAUGCAAAGAUAAAGAGAAGUUGAGAAUGCUUUUUCUGUUGUGUAGCAAAAUAAAUGAACAAUGAUGGUCAAA